AUGGCGGAAUACCACUUUGGAGGUUCCGAAGAGGAGAAUGCGGAGCUGCGAAAGCUCGAAGCUGAGCUGACCGAUGACCCUGAUAACUUCGAAACGUGGGAGAAGCUCGUGCGCGGCGCGGAGGCUCUGGAGGGCGGUAUCAACCGUAACUCUAACCCCCAGGCUAUCACCACAGCGCGCCAUGCCUACGAUCGUUUCCUUGCAAAGUUCCCUCUUCUCUUCGGAUAUUGGAAGAAAUAUGCCGAUAUGGAGUUCUCCAUCACUGGCACAGAAGCCGCAGAGAUGGUCUAUGAACGCGGUAUUGCCAGCAUUUCCCCGUCGGUUGAUCUAUGGACCAACUACUGCGGUUUCAAGGCCGAAACUUCACACGAUGCCGACAUUAUUCGAGAGCUUUUCGAGCGUGGUGCCAGCAGUGUAGGCCUGGACUUCCUGGCCCAUCCCUUCUGGGACAAGUACAUUGAAUUUGAGGAGCGUGUGGAGGCUCAAGACAAGAUUUUUGCCAUUCUUGGUCGUGUCAUUCACAUCCCCAUGCAUCAGUACGCAAGAUACUUUGAGCGUUACCGCCAACUAGCACAAAAUCGCCCGUUGGCAGAACUGGCACCUGCAGAUGUCAUGUCUCGAUUCCGUACCGAGCUGGAGGCUGCAUCGUCCCAGGUCCCGCCAGGAGCCAAGGCUGAAGCUGAGAUCGAGCGUGAUCUUCGCCUGCGUGUUGAUAAUUACCACCUCGAGGUGUUCUCGAAAACUCAGACAGAGACCACCAAGCGCUGGACCUAUGAAUCGGAGAUCAAGCGUCCCUACUUCCAUGUGACAGAACUGGAUGAGGGCCAGUUGAACAACUGGAAAAAGUACCUCGAUUUCGAGGAAUCCGAAGGCUCUUACUCUCGCAUUCAGUUCUUGUACGAGCGCUGCCUAGUUACUUGUGCCCAUUACGAAGAGUUUUGGCUCCGCUACGCCCGAUGGAUGACUGCCCAGUCCGGCAAGGAAGAGGAGGCACGGAUUAUUUAUCAACGUGCCAGUUGUCUGUACGUCCCAAUUGCGAACCCUGCUAUUCGUUUGCAGUAUGCCUACUUCGAGGAGAUGUCGGGUCGCGUGGAUUUAGCAAAGGAUAUCCAUUAUGCUAUUCUUUUCGCCCUGCCUAGUCAUGUUGAGACUAUCACCUCUUUGGCCAACAUGUCCCGCCGGCAUGGUGACCUGGCUGCUGCCAUCGAGGUCUACAAGACUCAAUUGGAUUCUCCCGAGGUUGAAAUGGCCACCAAGGCAGCUCUCGUUGCCGAAUGGGCUCGCCUCUUGUGGAAGAUCAAGGGCGCCCCUGAGGAUGCCCGUAAGGUGUUCCAGGAAAACCAGCAGUACUACCUUGACAGCCGUCCUUUCUGGACAAGUUACCUGAUGUUUGAGAUUGAUCAGCCUACUAGCGCUGCAACCGAAUCAGUCCAAUAUGAACGCAUCAAGCAGGUCGUCUCUGAUGUGCGUUCUAAGAGUACCUUGACCCCGGAAGUUGUCAGGGAUCUAGUGCAAAUCUACAUGGGCUACCUUCUGGAGCGGGGUACUCAAGACAUCGCCAAAGAGUACAUGACCCUGGAUCGCGAGGUACAUGGUCCACCUUCGGUAGCUGCCGCCCGAACUGGCGGUACUGUUGCUGUCCCAGCUACUCCUGCAGAUGGGCAACCCACCCCCGCCCAUAUCUUUCCCCAGCCAACUCCUGAGCAUGCAAAUGCGGCACAAGAACACGCCAUGGGAUACUACCAGCAGUCCCCCAUCAACGGCCAACCCGUUGCCUAA